UUUGGGAAAUGAGUUGAGUUUAAUGCUUUGCAAGCCAACACUUAGCCCUCGAUCCCAAAAUACUCUAAGCAACAGACAGUCUCUAAAAUGCCGAAGCCUGAGGACGGUCACGGGAGGGAUUUAAGGUCCAACUGCUGAAUGUGUUGACCGGUACCUUAUCAUAAAUGCAACUGUGAAGACAGAAUGCCAGAGAUGACCGAAACUCAGACACCUGGUCGUAAACCCAAAAAGAAGAAAAACAAAGAAUCUCACAAUGCAGUUGAGAGGCACAGAAAAGAGAAGAUUAAUGCUGGGAUUAACCGCAUUGGUAAUCUUCUACCCUGUUCAAUGGCACUUAAACAGAGUAAGAACAUGAUCUUGGAUCAAGCCUUUCGUUACAUCACUGACCUGAAAAAACAAAAUGAUACAUUUCUUCUGGAAGGAGGAGAUAAAGUGCAAGCUGAGGAGAUACGUCGGCUGCGGUGUCAGAUGGAGGAGUUGAGGAGGGAAAGUGCUCAGUACUUCGAGCUCCUUAAAGCCCAUGAUAUUAACAUUUUAGAAGACCCCACAAUUCACUGGAGGGGACAACAGCGUUACCCCAAGGUGGCAAAGGUCACCCCCAGUCACCAACUCCCAAAAGGGAUUGAUGUCUGCUCCAAUGGUGUUGUAAAGGGCCCAGCAGGGAAGGAGACCAGCCCGGCAAAACAGUCUUCUGAAACAUUAAUUCUUCAGCCACCUUCUGAUGUCAGUGACAGGUUGAGAGUUAAUGGAGCCCUGUUGCAAGUUAGUACCUCUUCUUCCGCCCCUACACUUCUCCCUGGGUCGACUGCCACACCCAACCAGUCUACAACAAGCCUGAGAGUGAUAGAGCAGUGCGGGGUUGAGUCACCGGCUCCAGCCCCCACUCUGCCACCCUCUGUGUCUUACAUCACCCUGCAGAUCCCAGCAGCCACCACAGCCCUUUCCCAACAACCACAGCCUGCCGCCCCGGUCCCAAUCCACACCAUAACAGCCACUUCAGCGUCACAACUCUUCACCGAAAGCCCAGCGCAGCCGGUGCCGAAUCCGGCCACACUUACCCAGGCUAUAGUCACAUCCGGAGCAGCAACCUCUGAGGUUUGCUCUUGGGCGACACCGGACAGUGCUAUGAGGACUUUAAGUUACACUGCUAUUCACAGCAGCCAAGCCCUUCUUAGGGCCGGGGCGGCAGGCAGCACGCAGACAACCUGGACCACGCUGCAGAUGGCAGGAAACACGGUGCAGCCCGUCUGCCAGAGUCUCCCCACCCCAGAAGUAAUCAACACCGGCCAGACUGUCCAGCAGAUGACUGUGUGUCCAAUGGGCAACAAAGCCUCUGUUCAGCCCAUUCAAAUUCAGAUGCAACCCCAUGUGCCUGCACUGCAAGCACCCCUUACAGGACACAGUCAAGCACAGCCCUUUCAGAGACCCACCCAGCUACAGCCAGCAAUCCUGAACCACGUAGAGCCUCAGUCUGUUUUAGCCCCCCAAACACAGUGUGCUGUUCUCUCUCAGGCCACCAUGUUAACUCAGCCUACCGUUGUGCCGCCACAGCCCCAGUCUGCUGCGCUUAAACCAGCGCCUUUGGUUCCCCAUCAUACAAGCGCCCUCAUACCUCAGCCUCAGUCAGCCCAGGUGCCCCAGCCACAGGCCACUGUGCUGCCCCUCCUUCAGACCAUGCAAGUGCUGCAGGUCAACCCCACUGGAGGGAUGGCCUCAAGUGCUACAGCCCAACAGAACACCAACAACCCCAGUGUGGUCAUUCUGCAGCAGACCAGUUCUUGCCCAAACCAGUCAGUUGUAAGGGAGGAAAUAACAACCCAGCCACCAUGUCAGCAUAUCGUAAUCAUCCAGGCACCCAAUCAAGUUGCACCUGCCCCUCAGAAUUCUCAGCUUGGCAUGGUGCCUGCUGCUGUGCCCACCGCAGUACCUGUUGUGUCCUCUCACAUAUCCACGACCAGUUGUUCAACAUCUGCCACUCCCUUACAGAGUGUUGGGGGAAAGCAACUGGUGCACAUUCUCCCACGUCCCGUUCAGCCACACAUGAACCAUUCCCUUCAGGUCACACAGGUUUCCUCUUCCGCACCAGUUCCUCCAACACCACAGACCAUCACUGUGAACGGCCAGGUGUUUGCUUUGCAGCCCAUGAAGACCUCUGACAAAUCCACCUCCCAUACCGGCCAGAGUACACUCCAGCUGGUCCAGCCCACCACCACUGAGGAACCAACUACUAAUGUGGCCCUCAACAGUUUAGGUGCACUUAGUAGUCUCAAUCAGAGCAUCUCUCGGGGCCUUGCACUCACCCUUUCCAGUCAGAACAACGGUCAGCUUCCAGCCGCUCCAUUAUCAGUCGUCCAACAGAAGCAGCCUCCUGCAUCCAUCCCCAGAGCUGCACUUGCUCUGCCUGCCCGGCAGCUGCAGGUCCCUUCUUUCAACCCAGUCAAAUCAAGGCUGGUGGGCAAUGCAUCUAAGAGUCGAGGGAAGAGGCUUUGCAAAACUUUGAAUACAAAGAGGCCAACUGCAAAAAGGACUAAACCAGCCCUCAAAAAAGAGCCCCGUGAGGCACCACUUGUUGUUGCUGCCAGGCCAGUGGUCUCUGCCAGAGACAGUCAGACAGUUCAAGUUUCAGUUUCUGAAGCGUCACAGUCUUCACCCGUAAAAGUCAUCGACAUAAGCCCCACUUGUACCAAAACUGUCACAAUGGCAGAGGGGAGUGAAGCCGUGGCGAAUAUCACCUCUACACAAAACAGUCAGAUAACAAUUGUGUGUAGUUCAUCCAGUGACUCAUCUGUAUUUAGACAAUCCCAUCCACCGAGCAAAAGCUCUGUCGCUGCAACUCAGACCGACGUCGAUGUACUCUGUAACCCUAGUGGUGUGGCAACUGCAGUUACAACUGUCAACGCCACACCGGUCAAGCCAACCAUUGUCAGUGCAGCCGUGGUCAUUGAGAGUAAACCAUCGAUAGUUUCUGGCAACAACUCGGCGAUUAACAAACUCUUAGCUCCAGAGGUUAAACAGCCAACCAACAGUUCAGCAACUGGCACAGCACAAACUAAGUCAGCUGCCACCACUUCAAUUCCUAAACAAAGCAAAUCUCUGGUGGCUUCUGAAGGGGCCACCGAGACUCCGUUUAUUCCCACCACUGUUUCUGCAGCAUGCCUGACUCCAGUCUGCACCAGCGGUCUCCCAUCAACGGCACCAUCAUCUUUAAAUCAGCCCACCCAACCAUCUUCGGUGUGCCGUGACCACCACGUGUCCAAUUCCCAAGAUCCUCUGCCCUGUAGUAAGCCCCAGUCACAGCCCACCACUUUCCCACUGAUGUCCGCAACUGUGGCGCCAUCAUCGCCUGCAUUUACCGCAGCCCACGGCGCUGUUACAGCCUCUUCAACAAGCUCAGAGUUUAGGAAAAGGGUUGCCACAAGUAGAGCUGGAACUCAACCGAAUGAUGUGAAUAUUCCCCACCCUUUGCCCUGUCCUCCUGCCGAACACAAACCGCCCCAGCCUCCUCGAAGAGAUAUGGAGGCUCAGUUAGAGAGGCACUCCGCAGCGGCAGAGAAAGACGUCUCGGUGGCAGCGACUUCUGGCGCUCCCUCGAGAAAGGAUUUUGCCUCAUCUCAACAGGUGUACACUAACCUCGACGAUCAAACCACAGAGCACCCGAUGACGUCUAGCAGACAGACCGAUUCUCCCAUGUCUUCCGGGGCCGGGGGAGGCAGGGGCUUCUCCGUGGCGUCCAUGCUUCCCCAGGGCCACACCAUAAGUGCGUCAUCUGGCUCCUUUGGAUCGUUUACAUUCACAUCCGAACAGGCGGAAAUGCUGGCCCUGGCCAUGCUGGAACAGGACAGUCCAGGUAGGCGGAGUGGAAGCUGCUCUGGGAACCCUGCUUCAGCAAACCCCACCGCAGCCACGUGGGAGCCCCCAAAAAACCAAAUAGGGUCGAGCAGUAAAGAAAGGGGUUCCGCUGGACAGCAGGCCAAAGCGGCUAAACCCACGGACACCGUGACGGUUAAACCCACUGUCCAUGUCAGAGGGCAUGCUGGGGAGGGGCCCAAUGGAAGCAGACAUCAGCAGAACAUCUCAUACUCCCAGUCUCAGCCUCUCCCCCAGGUUCCGUCGCAGAGCGGCACUGUGGCCAGCCUCAGCGUCAACAACCUGAUCCGGCCGAGCUCCACUCAGCAACACUACCCUGGCUCCCCCAGUCUUGUCCCGCAGGGCUCAGUUGCGUCACCUGUAGGGAGCUCAGGCCACAUAUCCCAACCCCCAAGCAACACCCUCUCGCCCUGCUCCGGUGUGGCCCAAUUGAAUGAGUACACCCCCUUGAAGACUGCGCUAAUGAGGCCUCAGGGAGGAGUCGGCGUAGGCGAGCGGCAUGGGAAGAUCAUCUCUAAACGGCAGGCCCAGGAGGAGGUGAUGCUUAACACUGGAAAACGGCCCAAGCCGUGCCCUCCGUCGGCUGCCAACGUCAGCCACAUGGACCUGAAAGCGCCCGACCACAGCCAGAUGAUGGUGGGGCAGCUGCCGCCCACGUCCUCAGCUGUCAUGACAAGGAUUAAUGCAGAAAGCGGAGGCCCCCUCUUCUCCACAAACUCUUUCAUGAGCCCGGUGGUACGGCCGACAGAUGGCCACUGCCCUCCUCAGGCAGCCCUUGAGCAGAACCAGGCGGGUGUGCUUCAUCUGCCCCAAGGUCACCCACAGCAUGCGGCAAGCCAGCCCGGCCAGCACCUGGGAGGAAACCUGUACAUGAAACAGCAGCAGCACGAGCAGCAGAGGCACCAUCUGUAUCAUUUGCAACACCACCUGACACAGCCGGACCCCGCACAGCGGCACUCGCUGCACCAGAGGGCGCUGCAGCAGCAGCAGCAGCAGGAGCAGCAGCAUGUGCAGAAGAAGCGAGGGCUCGUCAGAGGCAGUCCGACUGGCUCACCUGCCGGCCUGCAGCAGAAGCAGCACCACCUGGAGAAGUCUGGAGUUCAGCAGCAGCAGCAGCAGCAGCAGCACUCACAUCAACAACAACAACAGACGCAGCAUCAAACACACACGCAGCAACAUCAACAACAGUCUCACCAACAAUCACAACAGCAUCAACAGUCGACACAACACCAACAGGCUCAUUCUCAGCAGCACCAACAGCAAACACAUCAACAGCAGACACAGCAUCAACAACAACAACAACAUCAACAACAACAACAACAGCAGCAGCAGUUACAGCAGCAGCAGCAGCAGCAGAGCUCCCACUCCAGACACCAGCAGCACCUUCAGCAGCAGAUCCAGCAGCAGCAGCAGCAGCAGCAGCACUUUAGACACCAGGAGAAGAGUUGUGAGGCCCAGUCAGCGGGAUCCAGGGUCCACCACAGCAGCCACCUGGCCCCGCAGGACCACCUCAAGCCCGGCCAAGACCACAACGCUAUGCAGAGGAUGAUGACGUCUCGGCCUCUGGAGCAGCAGCUCAUCCCUCCUCCCAGCAACCCUGUGUCCCGGUCGUCUGACCUGGCCUGCGCGCCCUCGCGGCAGGACCGCCACCGCGUCUCCAGCUACUCUGCCGAGGCGCUCAUCGGUAAGAGUUCCACCAGCGGUGAACAGCAACAGCGCAUGGGUCUCCACCUUCAACCCGGCCGCGGCGCCGCACAGGAGCAGCCGGACCUCCGUGGUUAUCUGGACACGUCGCGGGGGAAGGCCGGCAUCGCACACAACCCGCAGAACCGCUUGCCCUCCGACCACUCGGGAGCGGCGGAUGUUCAGCGCGUCUCCGAGUGUCCGCCGUUCAAGGCCAUGGGAGGAGGAGUGCAUCAACUCGGUGGCUUUGAGGCUCAGGUGUCCCGUGGGAGCGACAUGGCCUCCAAGUCACUGCCGUCCUCUCAGAGGGUCCCUCAGGGGCAACUGCAAGGCGGGUUCAGGAUGGGCGUCGGCCCUCCACCGGACGGCCGCAACCGCUACAGUGCAGCGCACCCCGGCUCGCAGGGGGUACAAGUGGGCCUCCCCCGGGAGCAGGACGGUUGUCACCAAAGUUUCAUGCAGAGCCUUCUUUCCCCCCACCUGUCUGAGCAGAGCAGCCACCAGCGAGCAGUGCAGUGCUGUCCGCCGGUCGGCAUGGAGUACAGCUGUGUGCCGGGAGGCUCUUCGGGAGACCUGCAGGCCAAGGCCUCCAGCCCCGCUGCGGCCCAGACCCAGAAGGCCUCUGCGAUGCGGCACGGAGAGGCCAAGGGCCACGUUUCUCAGGUCGGCAGCAACAUGCACGGGGGCCCGGGUGCGCGCUCGGGUCUCCCCCACCCUCUGACCCCACACAGCAGCUCUGAGCCCGGCCGCUCCUCGGCCCCCGCCAGGGCGCCCGCCGCCGUGAGCCAGCACUCUCGCCACAUCUCCCGAGAUCCACAGGCCACCAAGCUGAGACCCGGUGACCGGCCUCGGUCAGGUGCGCUGAGGCAGAGCAACCCCUUUGAGCCCGAGGGCCAUCUGCCGCUGCCACCGGGGGGCGGGGGGCUGCUGGGCAGGCCGCAGUCUGGAGGAGAGGCGCGGCGCAGCACUAUCGUCCGCUUUAUGGCAGACACCGCCCAGGUUCCUAGCGACAACAACCUGGUUCCCGACCAACACCUGACGCAGAACUUUGGUUUCCCCUUCAUGCCGGAGGGAGGGAUGAAUCCUCCGCCUCCAAUCAACGCCAACUCCACUUUCAUCCCUCCGGUCAGCCAGCCCAACGCCUCCCGUACCCCGUCCCUCCUGCCCGUGGAGCCCCAGAACACCCUGCCCUCCUUCUACACUUCGUACUCGCCGGCCGCUCACCCCAGCCUCCCCAGCGACGUCACCCUCCAGUACUUCCCCAACCAAAUGUUUACAAGCCCAAGUGCCGACAAGGGCAGCGCCCCGCAGCUCAAUAACCGCUUCAGCUCGAUCCUGUCCCCGCCUCGCCCCGUGGGGUUUGGGCAAGCAAGCUUCCCCUUGCUGCCGGAUAUGCCCCCGAUGCCCAUCGCCAACUCCUCCGGGAUCACCCCCCACAUAUCCAACUUCAGCCUCACCUCCCUGUUCCCGGAGAUCGCCACAGGCAUGCCCAGCGACGGUUCGGCCAUGCCCAUGUCCCCCCUGCUGUCUCUCUCCAACUCCUCGGCCGCGGACUCGGGCAAGCAGCCCAACCGGCCCGCCCACAACAUCAGCCACAUCCUGGGCCACGACGGCAGCUCGGCCGUGUGAGGGCAGGACCAAUCGCUGAGGUCAGAAAGAGGUGGUGACGCACCUGAUGACGGUUUACAUGUUCACACGGUUUUCGGUGUCAGAUUUGUUCUGAACGCCACACGUACGAUGUCAACGUUAUGAUUUGAAAUAUUUCAAAAAAAUCUUUUGAAUUUAAGGUGACAUGAAAAUAUAAUUGCUUUGAGCUCUUUGUUGGUUUAACCGACUGUUGAAUUGUGGGUCACUAAGAAACCUGCAGUUUCCUACCAAUGUAAUUUACUAACUUAUAUCAGGUUGUACUGUACAGAAUCUGUUUUUUUUGACCCCGAGAGCUAUUUUGUAAAUACUAAUGUUUCAUAUCAGAAUUGUUAGAUUAUGUAUGUAUUUGUAAAUACAAGAUUGAUUAAUAAAGUUUAUACGGAGACAUUUGUAUUUGCUGCCAACUGAAGACGUGUGUGUGUGUGUGUGUGUGGUUCUUGCUCCACUAGACAGCACUUUAACUCAGUCAAACCUUUUCCGUAGCUCCGGGUUAUCUUUUUUUUUGUAAAAAUCAACCAGCGGGGGAAACAAUUUAGAUCUGAAAAAUGCAUUAUUAUAGUUUUUUGUGGUCACCACACAAAUGAACAAAGAUUAAAAAGAUGCACCAAACACCUGUCAAUUUUAUAGGCUUUUAUUUACAAGCAAUAGUGCUCCAGCAUGUGCAACCACACAAGGGCCACACUGAUGAGGGGAGUGUAGAUUCAGGAUCUCCUUCAUUUUGUCUGCAGACGUCUCUGGCAAAGACUUAAUACUUAAUGCACCGACCUGUGAUGGAGGAGUAAUACUGACGCACGUCACAGCGCCCUUCACCUGGCAGGCAUUUGGUAACCAGCAAAUGAGUAAACACAGAAGUGGUUGCAGU